AUGUCGUGGCCGUGGUUUGGCCCCAUCUCCAACAACAUGGCCAAGGAAUUUCAUAUCACCCUUGACCAAGUUAAUUGGCUAGGGAAUAUCGUGGCCCUCAUUUACUUGCCCGUCGCACUGGUAAUCCCCCACAUCGUCCAGAGAUAUGGAAUUCGUAGAUGUUGCGACAUUGGAGCUGUAGCUAUGAUUCUAUCGGCCUGGAUAAGAUAUGCAGGAACUUCGAAAUCUCUCUCUCCCAAGAGUGCAUACGCCCUUCUCAUGGUUGGCCAACUUUUUGCCUCGAUCGCCCAGCCCGUGUAUCAGGUUCUUGGUCCAAAAUACUCUGAAACAUGGUUUGGCUUGAAAGGACGAACAACGGCCACUAUGAUCCUCGCUAUUGCCAACCCCGUGGGUGGUGCAGUAGGACAACUGAUAAGCCCUCUUGUAGGAGAUACAAGACAAUCAAUUUUGGUUCUUGGAAUCUUGUCUACCGCUGCAACACCAUUCGCAUUGCUGGUUGGGAAGGCCCCACCAACACCUCCCACGUAUGCUGGUUCUAAGGAUUCUCCCUCGCUUAUAUCACUAGUGCGAGCCAUUCUUGGCCUGCCGACCGAUCGAAAGGCGCAAAUGUCAAAACAAGAACGUUUUGACUUCUGUAUUGUUGUGAUUAUAUUUGGAGCGCUCGUUGCAGCGUCGAAUACAUUUGCCAUCCUGUCAGCACAAAUUCUUCAACCUAUGGGCUACUCGGCCGACGAAAGUGGAUUUCUGGGAGCCUGCAUGCUCUUGACAGGAAUAGUCAGCGCCGUCGUCACUGCCCCGCUAUUCGACCGCGUCUUCACCCAUCACUUGGCUGUCACCAGCAAAGUUCUUGUCCCCAUCGUUGGAGUGGGCUGGCUAGCACUCAUCUGGGCUGUGAAACCGCAUAACAUCGGAGGCCUGUUUGCCAUCAUGACACUCAUUGGGGUCUCCUCCGUAACCAUGCUUCCUGUUAGCCUGGAGUUAGCGUGUGAGUUGACUAGGAAUGCCGAUGGAAGCUCGGCCAUUUUAUGGUUCACGGGAAAUUUAUUUGGUGUUAUUUUCGUCCUUUGUCCGCUUUCCCCCAACCUCGUACCUGCAACUACCACUAACGCCAUUUCAUUCUAUAGCUCAAGGCGCUCUUCGUGCAGGCCCAAACGCAUCCCCGCCGCUAAACAUGUACCGUGCACUCGUCUUCAACGGUGUCUUCGUCAUCACCGCUGCAUCCACGGUCUUUCUCAUCCGAGGCGUACAAAAACGGAAGCAAUUGGAUGA